ACAAACGAAAAACCACAUCCCUAAUCUCCUGCAAGAAUUUUACUCACUCGCUCUAAAAACAUUGAAAGAACAACAAACAAAACCGUCAAGCCUCAACUCAAGACCAAAAAAAAAAAAGAAAAACCAGAUAUAUGGUAGAAUAGACCAUUUCUCGGCCAACGGCCUAAAAACUCGCUUUCAACGUUACUGCGCUCUCAGUUUCCGUUGGCGGGUGUAACCAUAACCACGCGCGAAUCUCUCAUUAUAAUACCGUUGUUGUAUCGUCCUUCACCUCACCGUCUGUAGCUUUUUUUCUGCAUUGCCAAGGAUUCUUCUUUUUUUUAUAUAUUCCUCCAAAAAGAUAUUUUUAUUAUAUUUCAAAAAAUAAACAAUAAACAUUAUUUUCAAAAUUCCGUAACGCAAAACAUCACACAAACUGCAUUGAAUCUAUUUUUGUGAAUUUGUUUUUAUUUUCAAAAGUGUAUAUUUUUAACUCCACGCAAAUCUUUCUAUAUACAUUUAAGAAAAUACAAAUUAAAAAACAGCAAACAUUUCGAACUAAAAAAACACAGCCGUUUUUUUUUCUUUUUGAUUUUUACUACGAGUCAAGUUAAAAAAAAAAACAAAAUUCAAAAACUCAGUUUUAUCCGGUUCUAUUUUUAGUGGCCUCUCUAAUGAGUGGGAAUGCUAAACAACAAUUUUUGUAUUCGAGAAACUGAGACUUUUUAACGUUUUCGUAGUGCUUCUUCGUUUGAAAACAGUUUUAUUCUAGGAUAAAUUUCAUUUAUUCAAUUUUUGUUUUUGUUGUUGUUGAAUAAUUUCUUGUUUUUGUGUAAUUUACUGUGAAAAGUGAGAUAACUUCCAUACCCUGUGAACCUCGUAGUAUAUAUCUCGACAUAUAUGUUGUAAAAAAGGUCUACACGCCAACUUUAAAAAACAACAACAAACAGAAACGGAAACAAAAUUAGGGAUGGGUGGUGCGCACCUUUCUUUCAUUCAACCACUCAAAGGAACUGGAUUUAAGUGAAUCGUGAAAUCGUGGAAUCGUAGAAUCGUGAAACGUGAAUCGUGAAUGCGAAACUCAAGCACCCAAAACAACCCCCUGUUUUUUAGUGUCCAGUCUUUCACAUUCUGAUCUGCAUCGAUAUAGACGUCUUUAAAAUGCAUCAAGUACUGAGUUAUGAAACUGCUAUGCGAGCCAAUAGCGCUCGUGAUAUACGAGAAUAUGUGACUAAAAGGACAUGUGUUAGUCUUGUACUAACUAUGGCAUUUUUUACCCUGAUAUCAGGUUAUCUUUUAGGAAAAUUUGUAUCCGAUCGACAACAUCAUAUGCGACAUUUACAAGACAUCACCCUUGCUGCGGCAGAGCAUGGAAGUCUUAAACAAAUCCGAGCCUACAACAAUGCCAAAAAGGAAUUGCUGACCUCUGCCCGUAUUCUAAGCCAAAGUCGUGAUGCCAUUUACUCCCAAAGUUCUCUCAACACCGAGAUAUUUAACAAGUACAUAUCGUGCACCCAAGACGCACCACCGAGCACAAAUGUGUCUGCCAAUGAAUUCAUAGAACAAUUGCUCGAUAAGACCACAUCCAAGCAACAUGAAUGCAUAACUUCAAUUCAGACUGUUAUUAAAAAUAACCUGGGACCGGGUUAGAUAUUGAAACAAAAAUUAAAGACAACAAAAACAUGAAUGUGUGUUUUGAAUUAAAUAAUUGUCUUUUUUAAAAAAAAACACACACACAAAUUCCAAACAAAAUUCUUAUGUCUUUUCUCAAAACAUCUUGUUGUAAAUUUCUUCAAAUUUGACGUUUGCAGUGCUGCGCAACAAUUUUGAAGUUGCAGAUGCAGUACGAUGACGUUUUAAGGCAUUUUGCUAAUAGUGGACUGUUUUUACAGCACAAACUCAUAAAAUAAAAAGAAUGAAAAAUAUUUGAAAAAAAAAAUAAAAAUAUUUUCAAGAAGAAUAAUUUUUUAAUAAUUAUUUUUCCUUUCGUAAUCCAAAAAUAAGUCAUGGAAAAUUUAUGCAUGAGAUAUUAAAAUGUUAGCCCCCAAUUUUUCUAGAAUUAUUAUUAUGUUUUAGGAUUUGUAUUAACAAACAAAAAUUAACAACAAAAACUGAAACCAAAACAGAAACAUUUAUAUUUAUUACUAAUUAUAUAUAUUUUAUAAAGAAAACAUUAUUAUUAUUGUAAAUGUAAGUGUAAUUUUGAUAAAAUGUGAUUAUAUAAAGAUAAUUUAAUAUGAGAAUAAAA